AUGGCAUCGCAGAACCAAGACCGCCUGCGUACACACUUUGCCGACGCGCCCGUUUCCUCGCACAACGACCGCUGGGACGACCUCUGGAAAGAGGGCACAUUCCUCCCCUGGGACAGAGGCUACGCGAAUCCUGCUCUGAUAGACCUCCUGCAACGCCGCCCAUCCACGUCCCCCGACGCGAACCCCUCACCUGGCGCACCACCUUCGAAUGGGUCUGGCGCCGACAACUACACGUCAAUUCCUUCUACCAUAAAGGCUGAUGGUACGCGUUGCCGCGUGCUAAUACCUGGGUGUGGGAAGGGGUAUGAUAUCGUCUUGUUUGCGGCACAUGGGUAUGAUGCGUAUGGGCUGGAGGUGUCGUCACAUGCAGCAAACGCGGCGAAAAAAUACAUAGAUGCAAUUCAGAAGAGUGAGGGGCUUGAUAGCAAGGACAGAGAGGGACCGCUGGAGGGCGAGUAUCUUGCUGCGUCGAGUAGUCACAAGGUAGGGUAUGGGAGCAUGAAUGUUUUGCUAGGGGACUAUUUUAGCGAUGAGUGGUUGAAAGAGGUUCAGGGGUGGAACCUAGGGGAAGGGUUUGAUAUCAUUUACGAUAAUACGUUCCUUUGCGCUCUCCCGCCUUUCUUGCGCCCUAAAUGGGCUUCUCGCACUGUGUCACUCCUCCGCCAUCGGACAGACCUCAAUACUACACAACCUAGUCCUAGUGAGGAUGCUCUGUUGGUCUGUCUCGAAUUCCCUACACACAAGCCCGCAGCCUCUGCCGGCCCACCGUGGUCGCUGCCGCCGACUGUACACGCUGAACUGCUGAAGCAGCCUGGAGAGGAGAUAUCAUAUGAUGAUAAGGGCGUCGUGGUAGAGACAGACAGGCCAGAUGCAGAUAACGCGUUAGUCAGAGUCGCACAUUAUACACCGAGGCGAACACAUACAGUUGGCGUCGUCAACGGCAUCGUGAGGGAUUGCGUGAGCCUUUGGCGACACAAGUCGGAAGUCUAA